UAAACGAAACCAAUUUUUCUGGUCAACAAGAAAACAACCAAGAUUCAUACUAUAUAGCUAAUAGCUCGUGAGAAAAUUUUACUGUAACGUCAUAUCAUUUCGGUAAUGAAAAGGUGAAAAACUGACGAAGGGAUUCAAACAUCAAAGCCAACCGUUUUGUUUUGUUAAACAUCUGUUGAAUCCUAUGGAUAUACUCAUAUCUUUCUUUCUUUUUUCGUGUCUCUGUUUUAAGAGAAAGUGAAGACAGUUUCCUCGAGACAAGCAGAUUCUCACACCUCGAGACUAUCAGUGCAAAACAACCUUCCCUCUCUCCUCUUUUUUUUUUGUUUGAACAAACUCUCUCUCCUCUUGCAAAGGAACAAAAUAAAAAUAAAAAAUACAAAAGCCAAGAAAAGCCACAAUUACAAAAGCAAAGCCACACUCUAAAAAGCCACUCACAGACACUGGUCAGUAAACAGACAAGAGGAAGAAGAACCAGUCAUGUCCCACUCAACAACUAUCUUCUUCUCUCACCUUUGUAAACCCUAAAUCCUAAAAAUCUCCAAAACCCUAAAGUCAGUUUUGUUGUUUUACAAUGAUGCUUCAAAGAAGCUGCAUUGUACUCUUCUCUCUUUCUCUGUUCGUUCCAUACAUGAGUUUGGCCAUGCUCAACAAAACUCUUCUUCUCCUACCGCAUCCCGACCCAGAGCUAGUCGCUCGUGAUGUUCAUAGGAGAGUUAAUGCCUCUCUGUCGAGACGUCAAGCUAUGGACACGACGGACCAAACCGGUUCAAACCCGUGCUUCACCGGAAAUCCAAUCGACGACUGUUGGAAAUGCGACCCGAACUGGCCCAAUAACCGACAAGGGCUAGCCGAUUGCGGAAUCGGGUUCGGACAGUACGCAUUGGGAGGCAAAGGCGGUCGGUUUUACUUCGUCACUGAUUCUUCCGACGACGAUGCUGUCGAGCCUAAACCGGGCACUCUCAGAUACGGAGUGAUACAAGUAGAGCCAUUGUGGAUAGUGUUCCCAAGCAACAUGAUGAUAAAAUUAAAGCAAGAGUUAAUAUUCAAUAGUUACAAGACUCUUGAUGGAAGAGGGGCUAAUGUUCAUAUUGUUGGUGGUGGCUGCAUCACUCUUCAAUAUGUCUCCAAUGUUAUCAUUCACAACAUUCAUAUCCACCAUUGCUACCAGUCCGGUAAUACUAACGUGCGGUCAAGUCCAACGCAUUAUGGAUUCAGAACUAAAUCUGACGGUGAUGGUAUCUCCAUCUUCGGAUCAAAGGACAUAUGGAUCGACCAUUGUUCUCUCUCAAGAUGUAAAGAUGGUCUGAUAGAUGCUGUGAUGGGAUCUACCGGGAUUACAAUAUCGAACAACUUCUUCUCACACCACAAUGAAGUCAUGCUGCUUGGUCACAGCGACCACUACGAGCCAGACAGUGGCAUGCAGGUAACCAUUGCUUUCAAUCACUUUGGAGAGAAAUUGAUUCAAAGGAUGCCAAGGUGUAGACGUGGAUACAUUCAUGUGGUUAACAAUGAUUUUACUCAAUGGGAAAUGUAUGCGAUUGGCGGUAGCGGUAACCCGACAAUUAAUAGUCAGGGUAACCGCUUUACUGCCCCAUCCAACCCGUUUGCCAAAGAGGUGACUAAAAGAGUUGAAACGCCGGACGGUGAGUGGAAAGGGUGGAACUGGCGAUCUGAGGGAGACAUUUUGGUUAAUGGAGCCUUCUUCGUGGCGUCUGGAGAAGGUGCAGAAAUGAGGUACGAGAAGGCGUAUAGCGUCGAGCCUAAAUCGGCCUCGUUCAUCGACCAAAUCACAUUUCAUUCAGGCGUUCUUGGAGUUGGCGGCAGGAACAACAAUCUGGGGAUGUGGACUACUACCGGAUCCGAAGGAAUUCAGGGUUUCCCCAAAGGCUUUCUAGGCCCAAAGGACUAAUCCCCCUCCUGGCGCUGACGAGCUCCAUGUAAUAAUGCCCCAGUGGCCCGAGAGAAUUGUUUGCAGCGUGAGGCUUCGAACCCGGGCGUAUUGGCACCAUGGGCACCUCAACCACGAAAUUCUAACCACUCGCCCAACUCAGUCGGGUUAUAUUUGGUCAUUUUCACUUCUUCAACCCAAAUGUUUUCUUUCCAACCCAAAUGUUCAUGAUGUUGUAACAUGAAUUUACUUAUUUAAUCAAGGAACAAGAAAAAGAUCGUUUCCAAAACA